AUGGGAGAGGAGAGGGAGGGAGGACCAGGACGAGAGGGAGGAGGGAGACCAGGACGAGAGGGAGGAGGGAGGACCAGACGAGAGAGGGAGGGAGGGACCAGGACGAGAGGGAGGGGAGGGAGACCAGGACGAGAGGGAGCGAGGGAGGACCAGGACGAGAGGGAGCGAGGGAGGACCAGGACGAGAGGGAGGGAGGGAGGACCAGGACGAGAGGGAGGGAGGGAGGACCAGGACGAGAGGAGGAGGGAGGACCAGGACGAGAGGGAGGGAGGGAGGACCAGGACGAGAGGGAGGGAGGGAGGACCAGGACGAGAGAGGGACAGGGAGAGGGAGGACCAGGACGAGAGGGAGGGAGGGAGGACCAGGAAGAGAGGGAGGACCAGGACGAGAGAGGAGGGGACCAGGAGGGAGGACCAGGACGAGAGGGAGGGAGGACCAGGACGAGAGGGAGGAGGAGGACCAGGACGAGAGGAGGAGGGAGGACCAGGACGAGAGGGAGCGAGGGAGGACCAGGACGAGAGGGAGCGAGGGAGGACCAGGACGAGAGGGAGGGAGGGAGGACCAGGACGAGAGGGAGGAGGGAGGACCAGGACGAGAGGGAGCGAGGGAGGACCAGGACGAGAGGGAGAGGAGGGAGGACCAGGACGAGAGGGAGGGAGGGAGGACCAGGACGAGAGGGAGGAGGGAGGACCAGGACGAGAGGGAGGAGGGAGGACCAGGACGAGAGGGAGCGAGGGAGGACCAGGACGAGAGGGAGCGAGGGAGGACCAGGACGAGAGGGAGGAGGGAGGACCAGGACAGAGGGAGGGAGGAGGACCAGGACGAGAGGGAGGACCAGGACGAGAGGGGAGAGGAGGGAGGGAGGACCAGGACGAGAGGGAGGGAGGGAGGACCAGGACGACGAGGGAGGGAGGGAGGGGACCAGGACGAGAGGGAGCGAGGGAGGACCUGGACGAGAGGGAGCGAGGGAGGACCAGGACGAGAGGGAGGGAGGGAGGACCAGGACGAGAGGGAGGGAGGGAGGACCAGGGACGAGAGAGGGAGCGAGGGAGGACCAGGACGAGAGGGAGCGAGGGAGGACCAGGACGAGAGGGAGGGAGGGAGGACCAGGACGAGAGGGAGGACCAGGACGAGAGGGAGGAGACCAGGACGAGAGGGAGGGAGGGAGGACCAGGAAGAGAGGGAGGACCAGGACGAGAGGGAGGGAGGGAGGACCAGGAAGAGAGGGAGGACCAGGACGAGAGGGAGGGAGGGAGGACCAGGACGAGAGGGAGCGAGGGAGGACCAGGACGAGAGGGAGCGAGGGAGGACCAGGACGAGAGGGAGGACCAGGACGAGAGGGAGAGAGGGAGGACCAGGACGAGAGGGAGCGAGGGAGGACCAGGACGAGAGGGAGCGAGGGAGGACCAGGACGAGAGGGAGGGAGGGAGGACCAGGACGAGAGGGAGGGAGGGAGGACCAGGACGAGAGGGAGCGAGGGAGGACCAGGACGAGAGGGAGCGAGGGAGGACCAGGACGAGAGGGAGGGAGGGAGGACCAGGACGAGAGGGAGGACCAGGACGAGAGGGAGAGAGGGAGGACCAGGACGAGAGGGAGGGAGGGAGGACCAGGACGAGAGGGAGGGAGGGAGGACCAGGACGAGAGGGAGCGAGGGAGGACCUGGACGAGAGGGAGCGAGGGAGGACCAGGACGAGAGGGAGGGAGGGAGGACCAGGACGAGAGGGAGGGAGGGAGGACCAGGACGAGAGGGAGAGAGGGAGGACCAGGACGAGAGGGAGCGAGGGAGGACCAGGACGAGAGGGAGCGAGGGAGGACCUGGACGAGAGGGAGCGAGGGAGGACCUGGACGAGAGGGAGGACCAGGACGAGAGGGAGAGAGGGAGGACCAGGACGAGAGGGAGCGAGGGAGGACCAGGACGAGAGGGAGCGAGGGAGGACCUGGACGAGAGGGAGGACCAGGACGAGAGGGAGAGAGGGAGGACCAGGACGAGAGGGAGGGAGGGAGGACCAGGACGAGAGGGAGAGAGGGAGGACCAGGACGAGAGGGAGCGAGGGAGGACCUGGACUAGAGGGAGGACCAGGACGAGAGGGAGGGAGGGAGGACCAGGACGAGAAGGAGGAAGGGAGGACCUGGACGAGAGGGAGCGAGGGAGGACCAGGACGAGAGGGAGGGAGGGAGGACCAGGACGAGAGGGAGGGAGGGAGGACCAGGACGAGAGGGAGCGAGGGAGGACCAGGACGAGAGGGAGCGAGGGAGGACCAGGACGAGAGGGAGGACCAGGACGAGAGGGAGGACCAGGACGAGAGGGAGAGAGGGAGGACCAGGACGAGAGGGAGGGAGGGAGGACCAGGACGAGAGGGAGGGAGGGAGGACCAGGACGAGAGGGAGCGAGGGAGGACCUGGACGAGAGGGAGCGAGGGAGGACCUGGACGAGAGGGAGCGAGGGAGGACCUGGACGAGAGGGAGGACCAGGACGAGAGGGAGGACCAGGACGAGAGGGAGCGAGGGAGGACCUGGACGAGAGGGAGCGAGGGAGGACCUGGACGAGAGGGAGGGAGGGAGGACCAGGACGAGAGGGAGAGAGGGAGGACCAGGACGAGAGGGAGCGAGGGAGGACCAGGACGAGAGGGAGCGAGGGAGGACCUGGACGAGAGGGAGCGAGGGAGGACCAGGACGAGAGGGAGCGAGGGAGGACCUGGACGAGAGGGAGCGAGGGAGGACCUGGACGAGAGGGAGGACCAGGACGAGAGGGAGAGAGGGAGGACCAGGACGAGAGGGAGCGAGGGAGGACCAGGACGAGAGGGAGCGAGGGAGGACCUGGACGAGAGGGAGGACCAGGACGAGAGGGAGAGAGGGAGGACCAGGACGAGAGGGAGGGAGGGAGGACCAGGACGAGAGGGAGCGAGGGAGGACCAGGACGAGAGGGACCAGGACGAGAGGGAGGGAGGGAGGACCAGGGAGAGGGAGCGAGGGAGGACCAGGACGAGAGGGAGGGAGGGAGGACCAGGACGAGAGGGAGGACCAGGACGAGAGGGAGGGAGGGAGGACCAGGACGAGAGGGAGGGAGGGAGGACCAGGACGAGAGGGAGCGAGGGAGGACCUGGACGAGAGGGAGAGAGGGAGGACCAGGACGAGAGGGAGCGAGGGAGGACCAGGACGAGAGGGAGGGAGGGAGGACCAGGACGAGAGGGAGGGAGGGAGGACCAGGACGAGAGGGAGAGAGGGAGGACCAGGACGAGAGGGAGCGAGGGAGGACCAGGACGAGAGGGAGCGAGGGAGGACCAGGACGAGAGGGAGGACCAGGACGAGAGGGAGAGAGGGAGGACCAGGACGAGAGGGAGGGAGGGAGGACCAGGACGAGAGGGAGAGAGGGAGGACCAGGACGAGAGGGAGCGAGGGAGGACCUGGACUAGAGGGAGGACCAGGACGAGAGGGAGGGAGGGAGGACCAGGACGAGAGGGAGGAAGGGAGGACCAGGACGAGAGGGAGCGAGGGAGGACCAGGACGAGAGGGAGGGAGGGAGGACCAGGACGAGAGGGAGCGAGGGAGGACCAGGACGAGAGGGAGCGAGGGAGGACCAGGACGAGAGGGAGGGAGGGAGGACCAGGACGAGAGGGAGGACCAGGACGAGAGGGAGAGAGGGAGGACCAGGACGAGAGGGAGGGAGGGAGGACCAGGACGAGAGGGAGGGAGGGAGGACCAGGACGAGAGGGAGCGAGGGAGGACCUGGACGAGAGGGAGCGAGGGAGGACCUGGACGAGAGGGAGCGAGGGAGGACCUGGACGAGAGGGAGGACCAGGACGAGAGGGAGAGAGGGAGGACCAGGACGAGAGGGAGCGAGGGAGGACCAGGACGAGAGGGAGCGAGGGAGGACCUGGACGAGAGGGAGCGAGGGAGGACCAGGACGAGAGGGAGCGAGGGAGGACCUGGACGAGAGGGAGCGAGGGAGGACCUGGACGAGAGGGAGGACCAGGACGAGAGGGAGAGAGGGAGGACCAGGACGAGAGGGAGCGAGGGAGGACCAGGACGAGAGGGAGCGAGGGAGGACCUGGACGAGAGGGAGGACCAGGACGAGAGGGAGGACCAGGACGAGAGGGAGGGAGGGAGGCCCCGAGACGAGAGGGAGAGAGGGAGGACCAGGACGAGAGGGAGCGAGGGAGGACCUGGACUAGAGGGAGGACCAGGACGAGAGGGAGGACCAGGACGAGAGGGAGGGAGGGAGGACCAGGACGAGAGGGAGGAAGGGAGGACCAGGAACGAGAGGGAGGACCAGGACGAGAGGGAGGACCAGGACGAGAGGAGGAGAGGAGGACCAGGACGAGAGAGAGAGGCCCAGAGAGAGAGAGAGGCCCAGAGAGAGACCAGAGAGAGACCAGAGAGAGACCAUAA